AACGUCACCUCCUCCCCAUUCAUCUUUCACACCAACUCCGUUGAUUGUCUUUCCACCGCCCCAACAACUAAUAAAAAAUACCUUGUUCCAGAACUUACGUGAUUACGCCACGUACAAUAAAUACUACCUCGUCAGAGAUCUGAAACUGAAAAUAAUUAAUCCACCCUUGUUUCAUCGAAAAGGUGUAAAAAAAAAAAAAAAAAGAGAGGACGCAAAAAGAGCCAAUCCCGCCGGUUAGUCUGUCACCGGCAAAACAGACUAAUUAAUAAUGAAAUAAAGUGUCUCCCUCAGUAGUCAGUCUCAGAGCAUUUAUAGAUCUGACCCUACACUCUAUAGCUUUAACCAAACGAUGUCGUUUCUUAGACGCAGAAAGGGCUCAGAAACUUCAAAAUCGCAGAACUCGGAUUCCCAUAAUGAUAAACAGGAAAAAUCAAAGAGAAAAGGAGACGAUGAAUCAAAAAGAAAAGCAGACGAAGAGAAAAUUAGAAAAUGGUCUUGUCUUGAUAGCUGUUGCUGGUUCAUUGGCUGCGUAUGUCUCACUUGGUGGCUUUUACUGUUUUUAUACAACGCCAUGCCGGCAUCGUUACCUCAGUACGUAACGGAGGCCAUAACGGGGCCGUUACCAGACCCGCCGGGCCUGAAGUUGUGGAAGGAGGGCUUGAAAGCUAAGCAUCCCAUAGUGUUUGUGCCUGGGAUCGUGACAGGUGGUCUCGAGCUGUGGGAGGGCCACCAGUGCGCUGAUGGCUUGUUUAGAAAGCGACUUUGGGGUGGCACAUUUGGUGAGUUGUAUAAAAGACCACUAUGCUGGGUUGAGCACAUGUCUCUGGAUAAUGAAACUGGACUGGACCCUUCUGGUAUAAGGGUCAGGCCUGUAUCAGGAUUAGUGGCAGCUGACUACUUUGCCCCUGGUUAUUUUGUUUGGGCAGUUUUGAUCGCUAAUUUGGCUCGUAUUGGAUAUGAGGAGAAAACCAUGUACAUGGCUGCAUAUGAUUGGAGAAUAUCAUUUCAGAACACUGAGGUCAGGGACCAAGCUUUAAGCAGGAUUAAAAGUAACAUAGAACUCAUGGUAGCUACAAAUGGUGGGAAAAAGGUGGUUGUUAUUCCGCAUUCAAUGGGUGUCCUGUACUUUCUGCAUUUUAUGAAAUGGGUUGAGGCACCAGCUCCGAUGGGUGGUGGGGGUGGAUCAGAUUGGUGCGCUAAGCAUAUAAAGGCAGUCAUGAACAUUGGGGGACCCUUUUUAGGUGUUCCAAAGGCCGUGGCAGGACUAUUUUCUAUUGAAGCCAAGGAUAUUGCUGUUGCCAGGGCUUUCGCACCAGGUGUUUUGAAUAAGGACGUGUUUGGUCUUCAAACUUUACAACAUAUAAUGCGGAUGACUCGUACAUGGGAUGCAACCAUGUCAAUGAUCCCAAAAGGUGGAGAUACUAUAUGGGGAGGUAUUGAUUGGUCACCUGAAGGAGGCUAUAACUGUAAUGCAAAGAAGCUGAAGAACAAUGAUACUUGCACUGCUCGCCAAAAUGGUAAUGGGGAUUUGGCUAGCACAAAAAAAGUAAAUUAUGGAAGAUUUAUUUCCUUUGGAAAAGAUGUGGCUGAGGCACAUUCCUCCAAGUUUGAGAGAAUGGAUUUCAGGGGUGCUGUCAAGGGUAGUAACCUUGUGAAUAAAACCCGUUGUGAUGUAUGGACAGAGUACCAUGAAAUGGGUGUUGGGGGUGUUAAAGCUGUUGCCGAUUACAAAGUCUACACAGCUGGAUCAAUUUUGGACCUGUUACAGUUUGUUGCCCCAAAGUUGAUGGCACGUGGAGGUGCUCAAUUUUCGUAUGGAAUAGCUGACAAUUUGGAUGACCCGAAAUACAAUCACUACAAGUACUGGUCGAACCCCUUAGAAAUGAAGUUACCAAAUGCUCCGGACAUGGAGAUUUAUUCUAUGUAUGGAGUUGGAGUCCCUACAGAAAGAGCAUAUGUCUAUAAAUUAACUCCAGCUUCUGAAUGCUACAUUCCCUUCCAGAUAGACAGUUCUGCAGAUGGUGGAAGUGUAGAUUCUUGUUUGAAAGGUGGAGUUCUUUCUGUCAAUGGAGAUGAAACGGUUCCUGUUUUAAGUGCAGGGUUCAUGGGUGCAAAAGGAUGGAGGGGGAAAACACGAUUUAAUCCUUCAGGCAUUCGUACUUACAUAAGAGAGUAUGAUCAUGCUCCUCCAGCUAAUCUUCUAGAGGGGCGAGGCUCCCAAAGUGGUGCUCAUGUUGAUAUAAUGGGGAAUUUUGCAUUGAUUGAGGAUAUUUUAAGAGUAGCAGCUGGGGCUACUGGAGAACGCUUGGGUGGAGAUCAAGUUUACUCUGAUAUUUUCAAAUGGUCUGAAAAGAUUGACUUACAGCUAUAGAUUCAUAUGUGAUGACCAAAAUAAUAUCGGAAUAUUCUGCUGCGGUGCUUCAAGACACCUGAUGAAUGUUGAACUAUUACUUGAUGAUGUUGUUGGUGGCAGUGUUAAAAUUUGAGAAACGGAAGUGAGUUGCGGAAGCAACCGCAUCAAAGAUUUGUACAGUCAUCUCUAGUCUUCAUUGUUAUAGGAAUCACCGAAUACUAUUCAUGAUAUUUGUAUCUGAGGAGCCACAUAAACAAGGCUCCCAGUAUCCCCGGCACAUUCACUCACUUGUCCAAGUGGCUUGAAAUUUUGGAUAUUCCAUUUAUUUGUUAGAGAUUAGUAAAUGUUUGAUUUAUAUAAAGAUUCUUUAUAGCAUG